AUGGAACAACAAUCAUUCACUAAUAUUGUUUCCCAAUCUGUUGACUAUCUCGGACAAUCUCAUAACUGGACUGAUACCGAUAUUAUCUCCUCUUAUAAAGAAAUUUGCAAACAACUUGACAUCUGUAAAGAAAAAUUACGUGAAGAACAUGAACUACAGAAAGAAGAAUCUGCUUUACGCGCAGAAGAAAAACGUUUAAUUCGUAUGAAGAACACUUUAUGGAGACGUUUGGUUCCUCUUUGUAUCGAAGAAAUGAUAUAUACUCUGAACAACAAACUCAUUCAAAAAAAUCAUACGUGCCACUAUAUAAUCGUUUUCUUCGUGAUCGGCGAAUUAGACGAAAAAUUAGAUAUGAAAAUAUCAAUUCGCAUGUUACUUUGA